UCUGAAUUUCGCGCAUGCGUACGCCAUGUGUUAUUCGUGCAGCUUUCGGAGACUUGUUAAAAAAUGGCGGCGCCCUGGAGCCUAGGGCUGUGCAGGCGAGCGGGGGCAAGAGCCCUCAGCGCGGCGCUGCACAGCCAGCCUCGGGAGCUGUGUCUGUCGCCGCCGCGGCGCUAUCUCAGUAACACAGCGGGGAACUGUCUGCAGUUUAAACUAGACGAGCGAACAGCCCACAGCAGCCUCGACCUCUUCAAAAAGGACACGGGCGUCAUCUACCGAAUUCUCGGCCUGGACCCCAGCCAUGUUCAGGACAACCCGGAGCGGUUUCGGGACUGGGCGGUGGUGUUCGGGGACGGGCGCGUCGAAAGCGGGCGCCACUACUGGGAGGUGACCGUGCGGAAAUCCCAGGAGUUCCGGGUCGGCGUCGCGGAGGCGGCGAUGUCACGGGAGGACUGCGUGGGCACCACCAGCUGCUCCUGGGUGUUCGCAUAUGUCCAGCGCAAGUGGUUCGCCAUGACCACCAACAAGAUGGUGCCCGUGUCUCUGGCCGGCAAGCCGGAGAGGGUGGGACUCCUGUUGGACUAUGACGCCGGCUGGCUGGGCCUGGUGGAUAUUCAGAAGCCCAGAGUGAUCCACCGAAUCCGGGCCCGGUUCAGCGGCCCGCUGUCCCCCGCCUUUGCGCUUUGGGACGGGGAACUGCUCACCCACUCAGGCCUGGAGCUACCCGAAGGCCUGUAGUGGCGUUGAGAGACGUUCAGCGUCAUAACUGUGUGGGGAUGGGGGUUGUGAUGUCAUCGAUGGUGAGGAUGGUAGACAGUCAUCCUCUGACGCGUUGCUCGUCAUGAAGGCGCAGAACGGUUUCAUAGAGCAGUUCAAAACUGCGUUACCCUUUUCAGUUAUUAAAGCAGCGCUGGUCAGAGGCUGAACAACGAGGUGUCCCAUUUUGCAUGUUUUCAACAUCCAGCCCAAACCCCGCACCUCACUAAAGCUAAUUUUGCUAAAGGUCUAUUUUGUCAUGGUGUAUUUGCAAUAAACUUUAAAUUGUGUUAAAUGAUAAACAAAGGAUCUGGAUGGACAGGUGCAUUAUGGGAGAUGCCUCCAGAAAAUCCAUGAAUGUUAAACCGUUUCUUCUUUUUUUGCAUUACGUUGUUAAAGUUGAAAGCAUUUAGAAAUGUGCCAAUUAGAACCGUGCUUUGUUACAGUAAAUAUUCACAUAAUAAAAAUAAAAGUGCCCUA